AUGGCGUCCGAGAUUAGCAGUUGCACAUUAACCAACGGCGAUUCAAUGCCCGAGCCGAGUUCCCCCGAGAGCCCGCGACCUAUCAAUUCUUGCGUCGCUACGUCUCCAACGACGAUCAAGAAGCUCUGGUUUGAUCCCGCAGUCAUGGAGGGGUCGCUCGCGGCUAAGCCCCGCGAUCAGGCAACGGCUCAGGAACAAGCGACAGCGCUUGCACAGAAUCAAGCCAACCUUCUUUCUCUGUUAUGCCUCAUCGCCGGCUCCGUGCUGGCUUCAUCAACAAACCAAGAUGCUACGACAAAUGACCGGCCGCUGCAGCUGGAACUAACGCCGAAAAGCUCUGCAGUGCCUGACCCUCCGGUGCUGCUGCCCGAGGAUGAUGUUCACUCCAGUGAAGUCUCCCCGGUGCUGAUAACUAGCGGCUCAAAAGUUAGCCAGGAGGAAGCUGUUGCCAAGCCUGUACAAAAAAAUGCAGAGGUCACCAAAGAAGGCUCUUCUUCCCAAACACAGUGUGAUUGCUGUGCCAAGAAGCAAAGGGUCGAUGAACAGGCGGCAUCUGUCAAGUCUUCAGCCACUGCAAUGCCGAUAGCCGCUGCUGCAGAUCAGACCCCAGGAAGUCAAACGGCAGCCCCCCAAGAAGCCUCCGCCAAAGAGACGGCGGUGGCAGUCAUUGAUGAAGUAGCCAAGGGCAUCCAACAGGGAUCCGAGGGAGACGGCACUUCAUUGGAUACGGGCAAGACCGAACCGGCUGAUCAAUCCGAGCCCGCUGCCCAAAUCCCAACAGAGCAAACCGUCACUCUAAACGAGUUACCAAAGGAGGACCCAUCCAGGACGGGCGAGAUCGCUUCGGAUGGCACACCCAAAAGUCCGGAGCAGGACCAGAGUUCCGACAAGUCAGCUGCUGUUGAACCUGCUGAGCAGCCAGCGAACGUGCAAAAGUCCACGGAAACCUCCGAGAAUGCAACGCAAACGACUCCUGAGGCAACAAUUCCAGAAACAGCAAAGGCACAAGAGGCCAAAAAAGCGGAGCCUGCGACUACUGAGGAAGCAAAAGCAACCGAGCCAGUAGCCGAUUUGAAGCUGCCGGAGUGGUUCUUAGGUAACAACGUUGUGUUUUAUGAAGAUUUGGUCAAGCAGCCAUCAUCUCUCGAACUGGUAGAAAUCAAGACUGGUGCAAAAGACGACCAGGUCAAACAACCCAUCGCAAACAAUGCGAGCAGUGAUAGUGACAAGGAAACCACCAGCACAUCCGAUGGCUCUGCAUCUGACCACACCACGGCUACUGGGCCCUCCGAAAACUCCAAAAACUCCCAACCGCAGGAGAAAACUUGCACGUGCGCGUACAAGGCCGGAGGAGAGUCCGAAGCCAGCCAGGCCCCUACAUCGGAGGCAAAACCGAACCCAAGCCAAUCUCAGCUUGCCAAGCCGACCUUCCAGCUGCAUCGAGAGCUGUAUGAAGAGGCACUGGAUCUGAUAACCACACCACUGCAACCGCUCACAAUCAAGGAAAGGGCCGAUGGCACGAGGGUGGCCCCUCCAAGGGAUUGGGUGACAACGUCGACUUUUCUUUUCCAAUCCCCAAAAGACGGCUCGCUCUCGUUUUUGGACGAGGUCAUGCGCCAGCUGGGCCGAGAUGCCGAGGCAGACAUGAUUACAAUUGAUCUUGAGGAUCUCGAGGACCUCUGCCACGAUUUUUGGAAGGACUCGGAUGAGGUUCGAAACGUGUCUCCCAUGGAGCUCACAAGCACCACCCGUCUGGUAGGCACGUUUUUUGGCUACAGUACUCCCGAGGAGAAUUCCAAAAAGGCAGUUACAUGCAUUUUGAACGCGGCAGAGGCCAAGAGAGAGUCCAUGUCCAAAUCUGGGGGAUCAAAGGAGAGUGCAUCCUCAGCGAACAGCAACAGCGGCCCUGCCAAAAUGCCUGAAGUGAAUUUAGUGGCCAGUGGAGUUAAGCAGCCUCUGGAAGCAGACGCACUCAUGGUAGAGAUAUUGCAGAACGGAGUCAAGAAGGCAUUUGACUCGGCGUCCUUGAUCCUGCAAGCGGCCAUUGCGGAAGCAUUCGCACGCACAUCGACAUCAGAUGCGACGUCCACCAAUAAUAAGAAUGCCCAAACACAAAGCUCGGGAACACAAUCGCCAAACGGCCGGGGCCAGACAGGAAAUUUGGCGAAGGCAUCAGAGCCCGUAAAGGACGCAAAAUCUCCAGCCAAACACAGGCCCCUCAUCAUUGUCUUCCGUGGCGUUGAUUCCCUGGGUAAAAUGACGCCGCUUCAGCGCCUGGCAAACGGCAUUAACGAUGCCAGACGAGACGAAGGGCGCCCCGUCAUUCUCAUUGGGACAGCGGUUUCCAACAGCUCUGCAGACAACAAGCCUACCGACGGCAUCAGCAAAGUUUGGGAGGGGCUAGAGAUUUAUGAAAGCUGCAUCGUCAAUCUCGCCCCACGUAACACACGGCGUGCAGCUGAGGCUCUGAAGCAAAACAGCGCGCGGGCAAAGCCCAGAAACAAGUGGCGAGUGUUGCGUCGUUCGGUGCGUGUCACGUUGGAUCACCACCCAUCGGUGAGCACUGCUGCUCUAUACCCUUCUGGUCCGCCGUCGGGCGAACAGGUUGUCAACGAAGUCGAGGACGAGGAACGGAGGCAGAUGCUCGCGAAUUGGGAUGAUAAAUUGUCUGAGCGCGUUGUCAGACAGGUUUCGGCACGGGCUGUCAAGACUGGUACUGUGAAUCCCGGCGACAUUUUUGAUGUGAUGCGGCGGGUGAUGAGGAACAAGGCAAUCUUUGACAAGAUGAACAAUGCCGACGAUGACGAAUAUGUGGGCGAAGAGGGCGAUAGCGAGGAGGGUGCAGUUCAAGUUGGUGGACCUACCAAAAAGUCCAAGGUCAAGCCAUUGCUGGAUAGUAUUGCUGCGGGCUGCUCCGACGCCGAGAAGGAGUACUUUGACUGUGUGAUAGACACAGACGCUGUCUCUUCCGAUGCCCAAGGCAUCCACAUGGAUCAGAACCUUAUCGACAGUCUAAAACAACUGCUUGACCUUCGUCAAACCAAGCCGUAUGGAAUCCUCGCCAAGGAAGCAGUUAAUGGCGCAAUCCUAUACGGCCCUCCAGGCACCGGCAAGACCCAUUUGGCACGUGUCGUGGCCGCGUCUGCCGGCACAAAUCUGAUCGUGGCAACGCCGGCAGAUAUCCAGAACAUGUGGGUUGGUGAGACGGAGAAGCGAAUCAAGGCUCUUUUCUCUCUCGGCGUCAAACUCGCGCCGUGCGUCAUCUUCUUGGACGAGGGCGACUCGGUCUUUGGCAAGCGUAGCGGCUUGGACCACGACUGGCAGCGCAAGGCCAUGAGCCAGUUUCUGAUGGAGAUGGAUGGACUGGUCAGCCGCAAGAAGGCGCCGUUCCUCAUGGUGGCCACCAACCGACCCGGAGACAUCGACGACGCCGUGUGCCGCCGGCUGCCGCACUCGCUGCACAUUGGCAUGCCCACGGCUGCGGGCCGCCGGGCCAUCUUGGACAUCUACCUGAAGGAUGAGAAGCUGGACCCUGCGCUGGACUUGGAGGAAGUAGCGAGCGACAGGAUGACCAAGGGCUUCUCCGGGUCUGACAUCCGGACCCUCUGCGUGCAGGCCGCGAUGGUGGCACACAAGGAGCUGGUGGCAGAGAGGAGGAAGAAGGAUGGCGAUGCCGACGGAGAUGUCGCCACAGGGUCCGAAAAGAGGGUUAUCACGUUGGAACACUUCCGAAAGGCGCUCGAAAGAACGAGGCCAUCGGUAACGCGCGAGAGUCUGAUGGAGAUUGAGCGUUUCACGGGCCAGAACGAGCAGGGUGAUCACCAAGCCAUGUAUAUCUGA